GCGCCGGGUUCUGGACCUGGCCGGCAGCAUGGGUGAGUCGGCUGGUGGAUUUAUAGCUCCCGCAGGGUGGUUUUCAGCUCCCGAGCUGAUCCCUACGCUGGGGCCUCUGAGCGACACAGCCCCUUUGCCACCCAAUUGGAUGCUCUGGGCCAUGUUGCCGCCGCCUCCACCCCCUUCGUGGUCGCCUCCCGCAGGAGGGUCACAGUCUUGCUCGGAGGUGCAGCCCUCGGUGGAGACCCCGGCGGUCAACGAGACGCCUCCUGGCUUCAACACCCAGAUCCUUCCCGGAGCUCAGUCCCUCUUCGACACCCAGUCCCGCCUCGAUUCGCAGCCUCAGGUCAACGGCCAGCAUUCCUGGAAUUUCCAGGCUUCGACAUCAUGGCCCUGGAGACAGUCUCUUGGUAGUUUCCCGUGGCAUCAGAAAGCCCACGACACUCCGGUUAAUCAUUCUUAUUUUCCACAAAAAUAUGAUGCAAAGCUUACUGACUUCAACUUCCCUCCCUGUAGAAAACAUAAAAAAAAGAAAAGAAAAGAACCGGUUUUUCACUGUUUUUGUGAUACCUGUGAUCGUGGUUUUAAAAAUCAAGAAAAGUAUGAUAAACAUAUGUCUGAACAUACAAAAUGUCCUGAAGUUGAUUGCUCUUUUAGUGCACAUGAGAAGAUUGUCCAAUUCCAUUGGAAAAAUAUGCAUGCUCCAGGUAUGAAGAAGAUCAAAUUAGACACUCCAGAGGAGAUUGCGAGAUGGAGAGAAGAAAGGAGAAAAAACUACCCAACGCUGACCAAUAUUGAAAGGAAGAAAAAGUUAAAACUUGAAAAGGAAAAGAGAGGUGCAGUAUUAACAACAACACAGUAUGGUAAGAUGAGGGGAAUGUCCAGACAUUCACAGAUGGCAAAAAUCAGAAGUCCUGGCAGACAUCACAAAUGGAAAAAUGACCAACCUGGACAGAGAGAAGCCAUUCGAUCAGGCCACCACUUGCAUGACUCAAAGCCUGAAGGUCCUCCUGAUUUUAAUGCAGACCCUCUGAGUGUUUUGGUAAAUACUGAUUCUGAGUCUGAUAAAGAGGAGAAACCACAAAGUACUGUUAUACCCAAGGAAGUGACACCAGCCCUGUGCUCACUAAUGAACAGUUAUGGCAGUCUCUCAGGGUCAGAGAGUGAGCCAGAAGAAGCUCCCAUUAAAACUGAAGCAGAUGUUCUGGCGGAAGACCAGAUUCUGCACAGUGAUUCUCCUAAAAGAAGAAGUCAAGAUGUUAAAGCAACUUUUGGAAAUUUCUCAGAAGCCAAAUAUAAGAGUCAAAAGAAAAGUUUCAAAAAGACAAAUCCUAACAGGAAAAAAGAUUAUCACAACUAUCAUCCAUUAUUUGAACCAAGAACACAUCAUCCAUAUCUCCUGGAAAUGCUUUUAGCUCCAGACAUUCGACAUGAAAGAAAUGUGAUUUUGCAGUGUGUUCGGUACAUCAUCAAAAAAGACUUUUUUGGACUUAAUGAUAAUUCUACAAAAACUGAAGAGGUGUAGGUGUGUAAUGUUUCAGCACUCAUAACUGAAGCAUGUAAAAUAGUGCCAUCCUUGAGUUAGUGGAGGAAAACUUAUUUUUAAACUGGAUUAGUAAUUAAAUUGUAAGCUUCAUACGAUAUUAUGUUGGAUUUUUCAAGCCUUUCUUUUGAAUCUAUGCAAAUAAAUACAUAACUGAUUUUUAAGAAUGUAUCUGUAUUAUUGGGAUUGAACAUAAUAUUUACUGGCAGAAUUCUUCUUUUUGUUUGUAUGCGUUUGUAUGUAUUGCUGUCAUGUAAGGAAAUUGGCUCUUGAACCAGUUACGAAUUGAAGAUAUUGGUUUAGUAGUAAAGAAAAAAGCUUUAAAAAUGUUUAAUUCAGCUGAGCAAAGCUAUAGAUUAGAGAGAAAUACAGUUAUUUUGUUUUUAAUGCAGGAAAGGAAGAAUCAUUCUUCAGGAAAUAUUUUAAAAGUAAACCAGUUUAAAUGAAUAUAAUUAGAAGGUAUUGAAAUGUAUGUUUUCUUUGUUUUGAAGAACAUUUUGAAAUUCACCUAUUGCUAUUGCCUUAGUAGCUCAGAUAUUGAACAUUUGAAAUACUAAUAGUGAUACAGCCUCUGUGUGUGCUUAGAUACAAUUAAAAUGCUUGUUUUUGGUAUGGUUCAGAAUUGGACUUUUUUUAUU